CAGGAAGGGGCGGAGCGCACGCAGCCCCGCGCCACCGGGGAGGGAGCGGCCGGAGGGCGCUGAGGCCGCGGCCCGCGCAGGAGGCAGCGGGAAGCCGGGUCGCCGAGUGGGCCAGCGCCCGGCCUUGCUCGGGAGCGCGCGGAGCAGCGGAGACCCCCGGCCGGGCGGGACAACGCCAUGGCCCCCGCCGCCGUCCCGUCCGCCCUGGCGCUCAGGGCUGUGGGCCCCGCGGCCGCCACCCCGUACGGUGUCUUCUGCAAGGGGCUCUCCCGGACGCUGCUCGCCUUCUUCGAGCUGGCCUGGCAGCUGCGCAUGAACUUCCCGUACUUCUACAUCGCGGGCUCCGUGCUCCUCAACAUCCGCCUGCAGGUACACAUUUAGAGCCGCGCCUGCGUGGCCGGCCUCCGGGGACCCGGGACAUGGCCGCCUCCCAGGCCGCCCCGCGCGCGCGGCCCUGCCGAGAUGCCCGGGAAGAACGCGCAGACUUGCGAGAGAGCGCGCGCGCACGCGCGGACCGUCGGCUCCCAGCAGCCCCUCCCCGGGGUUUGGAGGUGGGAAAGCUUGCCGAGGCUGUUAGAGCCAGGAUGACCCAGCAACAGAGAGACUGAGGCCCAAGGAAGUACCUAAAGAGUACACAUCUGUAAAUCCCUGGACAGCCUUAGGAUGUGACAAAGGGCACGGGCUGCGUUAUGAGGAAGGAAAACUUAUAAGUUUUUCAAGAACUCAUAUUUACAUACAGCUUAUGUUCCGAAUCAGUCUUUGAGAAUAUUGGACUGUGAGAAAUUCUGGACUGAGAGCUAAUCAUUCAGAGGCCUCUUAUGUCGUGAAUGGGACCUGAAAAGCGUGUGUCUCUUCCUUCCUCAAGAGGAGACAUUGAAACUGUGUGUCAAAGCCAGACUGCAGGAAAGCUUGUCCCCAAUGCCAAAUGUGACACAACGACUUUGAACGAAUGGUGGGCGUGUGUGAAGAUGUCCCUGUCAAAGACACAUUGGAGCCAAAGAAAAGUCCAGUCAUGGCGAAAGAAUUGACUAUUCUCUGAUAGGAAUGCAAAUGGACCAAAUGUGGCUUCCUUCUUUAAAGGGAAUACUUAAUUUUGGUUACACAGUAAAAUGCAGAUGUUACAAACCUUGUUGUGAAAAUACAGUUGACAAGUGGAAGGACAAGAAAGUGCAUGGAUUGGUGGUGCCCUCCUGGAGUGGGAGGGAUGGAAAUGUAUACAUUGUUGGGAAUGAUAAGGAUGUUCUGUGGAUUAUGGACAGCCUAAAGUUUAAUACCUGCUAAAUGGAUGAAGUAACCUCAUGAAGUAAACAGGAAAUGCCUAAAGAUGGAGUGGUGUGAAUGUCCAAAAAAGAUUGAAUUCCUGGUAUAUGUGAAUGUAUGCUAGAGCUUUCCCCAAAUGCGGGGUUAGUACUUACAUUUUAUUUUGAAAUUAAAACUGAAGUCAUUAUAAACCCCAUGAGAAAUAUUCAAAAAUUAUGCUGCUGUACCUCAUGUGACUAAUACUGUACUUGUAAUUUAAGUGCUUGCUUAACAAGAAAUGAUUAUGUAACAUUGGGGAGCUUGAAGAGGAAGGAAUGUUCCAUACACACACACACACACACACACACAUAUAUAUAUAUAUAUAUAUAUAUAUGGAAAGUCCAUCAAGAACUGUUACAGAGGACUGAACAUAAGGUUUAGUUGUAGAGUAUUGCCUACCAUGUAUGUGACUCAAAGUUUGAUCCCCAACACUACAAAAAAGAUCUAAAUAUAAAAAGCAGCAUAAACAAUGAUGAGGAAAAUCAAUGCAGACACAUCUAAGAGUUAAAAUAGUUAUUUCUGAAAAAAGAAAUGGGACUAGGGAGAGGAAAUAUGUGAUUCACUUUUAAUCAUGUAUAUGAUUUUCAAUUGAAAUCUAAUUUAAAAUAUCUCAUUUUUAAAAACUCCCUAGGUAAUCAUGUCUACCACAGGUUAAAUGACAUGGAAAUCUGAUGGGAUUGAAAUUCUAAAACAUGCAGAACAUGGUUAGUGCUUGAUAAUAUAUAUUAAUAUAGAAGUAUUCCACCAACUCUAGCUGGGAAGUAAUUUUCAUCUUAUUUGUGAUUUUCCUCAUGUAUAAAUGUGAUUGUAUUCUUUUUAAAUGCAUGUGAGAUGAAUAUACACUGUUGUAGGCGUGA